UCGGUUGUCUUGCCACGGGACGUCUCUUGUUCGGGACGUCCGCUUAACGUGUACUUGAGCCACAUGGGGGUGUGGGGCAAGAGGGGCCGGAUAGCGCGGCGCACAAAGGAGGCAGGCCCGGGGAACGAGGGGGCACGCGUGGUGCGGAUGCUUCCUCGGCGUCGGCGGCGCGGACGUCAGAGCGUGCGUGAGAACGAGCGAGCGAGAAAGCGAGCGCCCAGCAUGCACCGCGAGGCCGUCGAGAGCUCCCGCAGCUGGUAGCGAGUCUCGCCAGUCACCACCACGCCGAGAAAGGCAAGGCAGGCAGCAAUCCUCCCGUGCUCCACACAGCACAGCGCAGCACAUACAUGAUCCCAACCGGCGAGGGGGAGACUGACUUGUCUACCUUCCAGGCGACAGAGAAAAAAUGCUGCGCGGACGUCCGUUGAGUCACCGCGGCGGCGUUUGAGUCACGAUUGUCUGUCGGUUGCCAUUUUGGAGGAUUCCUCCCUCCAUCCUCCGGGCAAUGACAACGGUCUCGGCAACCCCGCAGCAGAUGAGGGACCGGCUGCUGCAGGCCAUCGACAGUCAGAGCAAUAUAUGCAACAUGGUGGUUGUACUUGAGGUGAUUACCUGUCUUGAGAAGUAUCCUAUCACCAAAGAAGCACUUGAGGAAACCAGACUCGGAAAGCUGAUCAACGAUGUACGGAAGAAGACCAAGGACGAAGACCUCGCCAAGCGGGCCAAGAAGCUGUUGCGAAACUGGCAAAAGCUGAUCGAACCCGGGCCCGCCGUCGCCUGCGCUCCCGGCUCCACCAAUGGCAGCUCUCACCCCUGCAGGACGGAAGCCUCGCCGCCCGACAUCUCUGCGCCGGCGAAGGGAGCCCCCGAGUUGAAAGUCCGAAACGACGUUCACAACACGUACUCGCCCAAGGCCGAAAAAUCGGGCGGCCGCAAGCGCCGGGCGGAGCCCAGAGACGGCGGCGUGCACCUGCCGGAGAAAAUGUCCAAGUUGCCUCCCUACGACAACUGCGCGUCCCCGCCGCCCAGCAACGGGAUCGCGGGCAGCCCGGACCCCCCGCCGGACCAGGAGGUCGUCCCGUCUCCCGACCGAUCUCGGCUAGAGCACCUCGACAAUGAGAAAAUGGGUCGGAUUCCCGUCAAUGCCGUCAAGCCUCGGCCCAGCUCGCCCGCUUUGGCCAAACUCCCGAGCACUUCGUCUUUAAUCAAGGUCGCCGUCAUGCAGCAGCAGGCCAGGGCGGACGACGGCGGGGUGGGCGGCGGGCCCUAUCCCGCCAGAAGCCCCCGGGGCCUUUCCACCAGUCCGAGGAGCGCAAAGCAGGACGCCGCCGGCAAGCGCUCCGCGGCACACGCACAAACGCCCGCGUCGCUCCCCAGCCCUUCGUCCGGCGAUUCGCCCUCGCCUCUGACCCGGCCCCCGUCCCCCUCGGCUCAAGGCGCUCACUCUUCCCAGAGGUCCUCGGCGCACUGGGCGAGCUCACCGGAGGUGCCCCCCCGUUGCCCGCCGCAAGACUCGGCCGCCAAACUGGAAUCCCCCUCGCUCUCGCCCGCGCCCCCUCGCCCGCAACACAACUCGGAAUUCCACUGGCCCGAAGCCGCAGCCGCCUGGGAGGACGCGGACGGCUCGCUGACUUCGGCCUCGGAGCAUAAGAGGAGGAAAUACCGCUCUCGAGACUACUCUGUCAACUUGGACGGCCAGAAAAUCGAGGACCCCACUAAGCCGGUCCGGUUAAAAGAACGCAGGCUGACGUUCGACCCCGUCACGCGUCAGAUCAAGCCCCUCAUCCACAAAGAGCCUUCUCAGUCGGAGGAAGCCCCCGCUCCCGAGCCCAGGCGCAGAACUCAGGUCGCUGCGCCGCAGGCCGCGGCCAUGGCGGCGGGGCCCGCCCCGGCCCCCGCCCCGGCCCAGGCCCCCAACCCUUUUCACCAGACAAACUGGAAGGAGCUGUCCCGAAACGAAAUCAUCCAGUCCUACUUGAACCUUCAGAGCAACAUGCUCACCUCGUCCGGGGUGCAGGCCCCGAGCGCCCACUUUUUCAUGGCCCAGUAUCUGAAAAGGGAAGAGCGGCAAGUGAAGGAGUCGAGGCAAAUGCACGUCUUGCGGGCCGAUAGCCCGGCGGCGGAGUUGCCGGGCGUCGGCCGGGACGUGGAGGCCGAGGACCUGGACAGGAUACACAACCGGCACUGGCCCGGGGUCAAUGGCUGUUUGGACACCAACGACGCCUGGUAUGACUGGACAGAGUGCAUAUCGUUGGACCCUCACGGGGACGAAAGCAAGCUGAAUAUCCUGCCGUACGUUUGCCUCGACUGAGGGCUCUUUUUCAGCGCCUCGUUUGUUUCUUUUUGUUUUGUCCCCCCCCCCGUGCCCAUCUCCCAACGACGUAGACGAGAUCAUGUAGUAUCUUGUUUGGCCAAGUCCAGACCUGCUCAGCUCCCUCAUCUCUCCCGUGCCGCCUCCUCUAUCUGUGAUUGAGAUUUUGGUACCAAAAAGAAAAAAAAAGAUGAGAAAUUAAAUUAAAAAGAAUGUUUGAGUUUGUGAUACCAAGGGCUGCUUUUGUGUUUAUUUUUCAAGCUGAAAGCCACAGUAAAAGGUGGAGGCCCCCCCGAAAUUGCGGCUACGAGCGCAGAAGACGGACAAGAGGGCAAAAUGAGGCCGAGUAGCAGGAAACGCCACCGAGAUUUGAGGCUCACAGGGUUGUUACUGCUCCUGUUUUUUGUUUUUUUUUGUUUUUUUUUUUUCUUCCCCUUGACCUUUUUUGACUUCUGCCAUCUAAGGUUCAAUAUGAGGGUGGGCUGGUGUUGAGCUGUCCCGUUCAGGCCUGUCGUAUCGGCGUCGAUCUACUACUAUGUUCAAGAAUAUGAACCCCGUCUCUCGUCCCAAGUACUGGCGGUUACCACGAGCUUUAUGUGAAUUAUAAAAGAGUAAAUUAUAGAGUUCUUGUCAUGUACACAUCUAUUUAUUUCGGCUUGUACAUUUUACAGGACUUCCUUUGUGAUGUUUCCAAACAUCCUGCUUUUCUUCCAUACCCCCCUGUGCCCCCCUUUUUGUUUUUGUUUGUUUGUUUUUCUGUCGCAGUGUUGUCACUCCCACCAUGUUGCAAGAACUUUUCUUUUGUUUCCUUUUUUUUUCUUAUUUGCGUCUAAAUUGAUCAUCGCUUUCUUUGGGCGACACAUUCCAUACUUCUUCACAUUACUGCGUUGUCUCCGACACCAGAAAAUAAGUGUGUUUUGGAAAUUUGCUUUCAAGUUUGUAAGUUCAAACUACUGCCGAUUUUUUACUGAACCUACAAAUGCCGAAAUGACACAAAGUUAGUACUGUAUGUUGCGGGUUACGGAAUCGCUCCGAGUUUAGGUACGGUGGUGCCUUGAAAUGCGUGUGACACGGUUUUCGACGAGUAUGCCCCUUUUUAAAAUAGAUUUUUUUUUUUUGGCUUUCAGUGCAAAGUUGUUACAAGCGCUACAUGGUGGCUGUGAACUUGACUCACUUCACAACCAGCUGCAGUUCGGCCGAUAGAAUUAUUCAUUUGUUUUUAGAAAAGUCUUCAACCAGUUUACUCUCAUAAUUGAAAAAAAAAUACAUGCGUUGAAGGCAACCACAUAGCCUAACCUUUGAAAUCUGACAUGUUAACCCAAUGCACGUAGAUGCAUAGUCUUUACCCCCCCCCCC